AUGAUGAUGACGUCAGAGCCUCCAACAGAGCAAUCAGUCAUGGCAGUAAUAAGGAAGCUCGGCCUACCUUCUGUAACGACUACAACAAGCUAUGAUAGAACAGGGGGUACAGUGAGUGAUGAACAUGUCAAAAAAUUGGUCAAUGAGGCAGUCUGCGUUGUUGAAAACAAGGUUGAAGGCAACAUCCAAUCCUUAGAUAUGAAAUUGAUCAAUUUGGAUAACGCAGUGCUAUAUUUGAAAUCACAGAUUGAUAGUAUUCAGGGAGAAGCUCGUCAGUCGAAAGACAGAUGGGAAAAAAUUGAAGCUUGGAUCCAGGCGAUGUCAAAGGAUAGAGUGGUGUUCAAAGGUGAAAGCUCAACCCCAGAUCUAGAAAAGUCACCGCUUUUGGAUACUCCCAAGAUUCCUUCGAAAAUGGUUAUAGAGGAUGAUACUCCAUGGGGUACAAAGGAUCGUGCAAACAGAAACGGUGGCGAUGGAGAUUUCGAUUCACCAGGAAAUGACGUGGGAAUUGCAGACGAAGAAGGAGAAAUCCGAUGCUGUAAGUAG